UGUACAUUUUUCAUUAUGUUAAUUAAUUUCACAAAGUUGUUUGAUAUUGUACUAUUAAAUUCGUUUAAAUCAACACAGUAUCGUUUUUUGAAAGAUACACGUAGUUCUAUUAAAGUUAUGAAAAUCCUCAAUGUUGCGGAAAAAAAUGAUGCUGCAAAAAACAUUGCAAGUUAUUUAUCUCGUGGCGCCAGUAGAAGGAAAGAAGGAUUGUCUCCAUAUAAUAAAAUUUAUGAAUUCAGUUGCUAUUUGUGGAAUCAGAAUUGCGAUAUGAUCAUGACUUCGGUCUCUGGUCAUUUGUUAAAUCACGAAUUUGUAGGAUCGUAUCGAAAAUGGCAAGGUUGUCACCCAUUAAGUUUGUUCGACGCACCUGUAGUAAAACUUUGUGCGGAAGAAAAUUAUAUAAAAAUUAAAAAAACUUUAGAAAGAGAAGUGAAAAAAUGCAGUGCAUUAAUUAUUUGGACAGAUUGCGAUCGAGAAGGAGAAAAUAUUGGAUUUGAAAUUAUUCAAGUUUGUCAAGCAGUUAAACCUAAUAUUCAAAUAUAUAGAGCAAAAUUUUCUGAAAUUACACAGGCAUCUAUAGAUAGAGCUCUCCAAAACGUAUGCGAACCAGUCAAAGCAAUUAGCGAUGCUGUCGAUGUACGAAGUGAACUAGAUUUAAGAAUAGGUGCUGCAUUUACGAGGUUUCAAACAAUGAGACUUCAAAAAGUAUUUCCUAGAAAUCUUGCUGAUAUGCUCAUCAGUUAUGGCAGUUGCCAGUUUCCUACACUGGGAUUCGUAGUUGAAAGAUUUUUAGCUAUAGAAAGAUUUAAGUCAGAACCAUAUUGGAAAAUAAAAGUAAUGGAUGUUCGUGAUGAACUGUCUGUGGAAUUUAGGUGGAUGAGAGGAAGGUUAUUUGAAAAAUUACCUUGCGAAGUUUUGCUAGAUACAUGUCUAGAACAGCCUAAUGCCACAGUACAACGUAUCAUAAGUAAACAAAAGAACAAGUGGAGGCCACUGCCAUUGGACACAGUUGAACUGGAAAAACAAGGUUCUCGCAAACUUCAUUUAAAUGCAAAGGAAACUAUGAAAAUUGCUGAGAAAUUAUAUACCCAAGGUCUUAUUAGUUAUCCACGUACAGAAACAAAUAUAUUUCCAAAAGAAUUAAAUCUUGUUCCCUUGGUAAAUCAGCAAGUAAAUAAUUCAGCUUGGGGUAAUUUUGCUCAACGAUUAAUAGAGACAGGAGUGAGUCCUAGACAAGGAAAAAAAAGUGAUCAAGCACAUCCUCCUAUACAUCCGACAAAAUGUGCUGGCAAUUUACAAGGUAAUGAAGCUAAAGUUUAUGAGUUUGUGGUUCGGCACUUUUUGGCGUGUCUUUCAAAAGAUGCAUUAGGACAUGAAACAACGGUAGAGAUUAAUAUAGCCGGUGAAAAGUUUAUUGCUAAUGGGUUACAAAUUAUCGAAAGAAAUUAUUUAGAUGUGUAUAUUUAUGAAAAAUGGAGUGACAAAGGAAUUCACAUGUACCAAGAAGGGCAGGUUUUUAGUCCGACUAGUAUAGAUAUGGUACAAGAGGAAACAUCUCCACCGCGAUUAUUAACCGAAGCAGAUUUAAUUAGUUUGAUGGACAAAUUUGGUAUUGGUACUGAUGCUACGCAUGCAGAACACAUUGACACAAUAAAGUCACGUCAAUACGUUGGUUUGACGGAUGGAAAGUAUUUAAUGCCUGGGAAACUUGGAAUUGGAUUAGUAAUGGGUUAUGACAAUAUGGGAUUUCAAAUGUCAAAACCAAAUUUAAGAGCCGAUUUAGAAAAAGAUCUUAAAUUGAUAUGCGAUCGGCAAAAAGAUCCAAAAGAAGUGUUGCAAACUCAAAUAAAUAAAUAUCGCGACGUGUUUAAAGUAGCACUGGAACGUGCCAAUUUAAUCGAUAAUGCUUUAGCGGAUUAUCUCAAUGAACAACCUAUGGAAGCAGUAGAAGUACAAAUUAAUGUUCCGUCUGAGCAAGUUAUCUUCAAGUGUCCGAAGUGCAAAUUAAAUAUGGUACUCAGAGACAGAAAACAAGGCACAGGAAAAUAUAUUGGUUGUAUGGGGUAUCCAACAUGUAAUAAUGCAGUUUGGUUUCCUCAGACAGUUGAAUCUGUCGAAGUUCUAGAUGAAGUUUGUUCAGAAUGUUCGGGAAAUAUGCAUAAAUUGAAAUUAAAAUUAUCUAGAAACGCUUUCCCAAUGUAUGGUACUUCUUACAUAACCUGCAUAGGUGGUUGUGAUCCUUCAUUCAAUGAAUUACUAAACAUAAGGAAUGAAAGUAUCAGAGUUAUUAAUCGAAGUAAUGAUACUGGUUAUGAUAGUAUGUUUGAUGGAUCAAGAUCAACCGUCCUUUCAAAUCCACGAACAGUAAGAAAUAACGACAUUCGCCAACCUCCGGUUGAAAAUAGGACAAAUUUAUCUAACAAUAACACAUCUGUAGGAGUUGUUCAAAGUCAGAAUAGAGGUCGUAACAACACAAGUAGACCAAGAAAUAACAAUACAAAUACUAAAAAACGAAAGAAUUCUAAAAAUGAUGACACAUGGCUUGAUUCAAGUAAUUAUACUUCUUCAAGCACUAAUGUAAAUUUGCCAAGUACACAACAAAAUGCAGCAUGGGGUGAUAUCAAUAGAGAUGCUGUUAUAGUGUGUAAAUGUCAUGAAAAUGCGAUUGAAUUAACAGUAAAGAAAGAUGGGCCAAAUCAUGGAAGAUUUUUUUACAAAUGUGCCAAACCUCAAGGUGCAGGUUGUGAUUUUUUUCUUUGGGCGUCAGAUAGCGCGCCGGAAACGCAAACUAAUGUCAACAGAAAUUCAAAUCAUACACAAAUUGCAAAUACAAGCAGCUGGCCGAGUACUUCUAAUGCUACUUCUAAUAUACGGGGACAUUUUAAUGCAUCCACAUCAUCGAAUGAUAUUAAAUGUCAUUGUAAUCAAUUAGCAAAAGAGCGGACUGUUCAGAAGGAUGGUCCUAAUAAAGGACGUUUAUUUUAUUCGUGUCCAAAGCCUAUGAACGAGUCUUGUAAAUUCUUUCAGUGGGCAGACGAAGACAAUUCAAAUCAUAAUCAAACGUUCGGAGAAAGAAAUAGCAGCACAUCUAGGGGAAAAGGACACGCGACACGUAAAAAUGUACAAAGAAAGCCUCGGGCUACUGGCGGUAAAAGAAAAUGCGGAAAUUGUGGGAUGGAAGGACAUACAAGAAAAACUUGUCAAGAAAAUGUAAUGGAUUAAUAGAAGGAGAAAAUCGUUGUUCGAAUAUAAUUGAAAAAUUUGAAAAUGGUGAUAGAAACAAUUAUUUUUGGUAUUUUUUUUAUGAUAAAUUAAUAUC